CUGCUAUAAACGUGGGUGCUUAAGUGUUUAAAAAUCUUAAAUUUUCAUAGUUGUGGUUUUUCAUUAUUCUAUAUUAUGUAUUAUUGGGUAUUUUGUAUUUGAUUAGAGAUAAAAGAGGUAAAUGGAAUAUUUAUCUAAGGAUAUAUAGGUUUUUAAAAUGUAGUAGAGGGCUAGGAAUGUAGUUCAGUUGUAGAGCACUUGCAAUAGCAUGCCAAAGCCCUGGCUUCAAACCUCCUCCUCCAUUCAAAAAAAAUCUUUUAAAAUGUACUAGAGGGGUGGCUUCUGAGUAAUCCAAGAUUUUGAAAGUCCUUGAUAGAGUUAAUAGAAGAAUAGCUAGAAGAUGCCUCUUUAUCUAGUACAAUACCUAUAUUUUUCGUAUGUUAUUUAAGAAAACGUAUUACAGAAAAGUGACAAGUGAUUCUUUUCAGUAAGAGCUUAGUCAUAAUACAUUUACCUACAGGAUCCCUUGCUUAGAACUAUUUUAGCUUUCACUACUACUUGUCUUAGAUCUUUUGAAAUUUUUGUUUUCAAUUGUAUUUCCCAGAGCUUUAAUUAUUACUGCUUUUCACAAACCUACCUUUGUUACUAUUAUUUUGUAUCAGAGUAUGUAUUGGGACUAUACAGCCCCAGCUAUGGGAUAACAUAGGAGUUCUUAAAUAGAAAAUUCUCAUUAUUAUUAAAUAGGUAAAACUAAUUAUUACCCAGAUCUGUAUAACAACUCUUGAUUUAUGCCAUUUUUUAGAGACCUUGCAGCUGCUAUAGAUCGAAUGGACAGGUAUAAUUUUGAUACAAUGAUUUAUGUGGUAAGUAAUCACAAUAAAGAACAAAAGUUUUGACCCCUACCUCAUGCAGAUUGCAGAGAUAAAAAUUGGAAACCAUAGUGGAAAACUAUUUAAAAGUACUUUUGUCAAACUAAGUAGAGAAUUCAACAUUAAGUGUAUGUAAGGUAGUAACCUCUGUAUAAAAAAAAAGUUUUAAAAAUGAAAAAGAAAAAUUUUUGAAAUGAAAAAGUUCCCAUUGCUUUAUAAUCAGGAAAAUGAUAAGUAUAUGAAUUUAACGUGUACUGGUCAUGGUAACUGAAAUAUUUUCAAAGAAUUUUUAUUUCAAAAUAUCUUAAGACUCAAAAUAUUAGUGUUUCCAUUUACCUUCCCUCAGCUGCUCCCAAAGACAAUGUAAAACCAGAGUAUUUUGUCAGUAUCAGGAAAUUGGUAUUUCUAGAGACCUUAUUAAAAAUUUCUUCAGAUUUUGCAUGCACUUUCUUGUAGACUUCUUAAAUGAAAUUUUAUCACAUGUAUAGUUUCAUGUAACCAUUACCACAUUCAGAAGAUAGAACUGUUCUUUCACAUACAACACUCCCUCAUGGUCAUUCACUUAGUAAUCAUACCUUUCCUCCAAUCCUAACCCUAUUUGUUCUUCAUCACAAAUUUUAUCAUUUUGACAGGGUUGCACAGAUGGACUAUACAAUAUAUAACCUUACGAGAUUGGCUGUUUUCACCUACUGUAGUGAAUGUCCUAGAAAUGUGUCCAAGCUGUUGUGUCAGUAUUGCUCCUUUUAUUGUUGAGAAGAUUUUAGUUUUUCCUUCCCUUUCCUUUUUCUGAUUAAGCCUCCCUUUUUACUAAGAAAGUUGCCAUCAAACAUCGUUUUGAAGCUAGACUGGUCUUCUUGGAGAUAGAUGCCAUAUUAACUGAAAAAGGAAAACUUUAAAUAGAAUAUUCGGAAGACUAAAGUGCGUAUAUCUUCCUACUUGGUGGCAUACUGCAACUUUUAUUUUCCUCUUUUGUAGAGCAUUCAACUUAUGACAUUCUAUUUUUGUGUUUAAAGGAUAUUGACUGACAAACACCUUAGUCUGUCAAAACUCUGUCAAUUUGAUUGAGCUCCAACCUAUUUUUAUAUAUUAACUUACCACUAUUUUUUAUUUUAAAUACUUUCUUUCCAAGGCAGAUAAAGGGCAACAAAAGCAUUUUCAGCAACUGUUCCAAAUGCUGAAGAUCAUGGGAUAUGACUGGGCAGAAAGGUGCCAGCAUGUGCCCUUUGGAGUCGUGCAGGGAAUGAAGACCCGCAGAGGAGAUGUCACUUUUCUGGAAGAUGUCUUAAAUGAGAUUCGACUAAAGAUGCUACAGAACAUGGCUUCCAUAAAGACAACCAAAGAACUUGAGAACCCACAGGAAACUGCAGAGAGGGUCGGGCUUGCGGCACUUAUUAUUCAGGACUUCAGAGGUUUGCUCUUAUCUGACUAUCAGUUCAGCUGGGAUCGUGUUUUCCAGAGUCGCGGGGACACAGGAGUCUUCCUACAGUACACACAUGCCCGCCUCCACAGUUUGGAAGAGACUUUUGGAUGCGGUUAUCUGAAUGACUUCAACACUGCUUGUUUACAAGAGCCACAGUCUGUUUCAGUUCUCCAGCAUCUUCUCAGGUUUGAUGAGGUGCUUUAUAGAUCAUCUCAGGACCUUCAACCCAGGCACAUUGUUAGUUACAUGCUAACUCUAAGUCAUCUUGCAGCUGUGGCACAUAAAACACUCCAAAUAAAAGAUAGUCCUCCUGAAGUGGCUGGGGCCAGACUUCAUCUUUUCAAAGCUGUCCGUUAUGUCCUAGCCAAUGGAAUGAAACUUCUUGGAAUAACACCUGUAUGUAGAAUGUGAUUUCUUAUUGAAAGAGAUUAAAAUGCUAAGUAAAUUCAAUUACUUGUUUAUAGGUGCUUUGCUGUUCAGAUUAUAAUACAAACUAUUAUUUUGUGCUAGUAUAUUUUACUGAGUUUAAGUGACUUAUUAAUCCUUUUUGGUUUUUGUUUUAUUGAAACAGUCUGUGUUACCUUUGUUACUCAGGCUGGCCUCAAACUCCUGGGCACAAGAAAUCCUUUUUCCUCAGCCUCCUGAGUAGCUAAAAGUACAGGUGCACACCAUCACACCCAGCUUGCUUAAUCUUUCUGCUUACAAGUCAUGUGAGUUUUAUGGCCAAAAGGUACUUAAUUACAUAUUUGUAAACUUAAGUCUUUUUAAAUUCAAAAAAUUAUGGUAUAAUGCAGGUAAAGGAUGACAAUAUAAACUCUGGUUUGAGGUUUCUUACUGUGUCAUUCUCCAAGAAACUAUCCUUAUAACAGAGAUGAUCUGAUGUUUUCAUCAAAUAGUUGAGACGGGACAGAUCCUAAUUUUUUAAAAGUCAUGGCUAGUUUUGAACAAAUAGACACUAAAGGUAAACAUGUUUUUUGACAAUAUGGUUAAUAACUACUCCCAGAGAGCAUACUUCAUGCUUACCUUUUAGUUGAUAUAUGCUGGUAACUUACUAUGUGAACUCAGGGACUGGAUACAUUUUAAUUACAAGAAAUUACUUGUAGAGACAUUGUUAGGAUCUUUUUAUAAAAUGUAGUAGCUAAACCAUAAUUUGGAGUUUAAACAUUUCUUCCAUGUGUUUGUGUGGGUAAAGUAUAUUUUGUGUGACUUGAUUUGAUAACAUAAAAUCAAUUAGGUAAGAUGAGUAGGAUAUGCUACGUUGUAUCACUACAGCCAUCCUCCUCUGCCAGCAGUUCUAUUCAGGUCUGUAAUUUCUUAUAAAUGUUGCUAAUAGAAGUCUUCUAGGGGUUAGGAGUGUGGUUCAGUAGUACAGAACUUGCCUGUCAUAUGUAAGGCCUUGGAUUUGAUAUCUACCACUAUAAAAAAAAAGAAAGAAAAAGCCUUUUAAAUACCAGUGAACAUCUGUUUUUAAGAAGACAGAGCCGACUUAGCAUGAACCAAAGCUUCUUCAGUUGGAAUAAACAUUGUUUUAUAUUGGCAAA